AUCUUCUAAUUGUGUUCGAAUUUAUAUAGUUAUAUGAUCACCUUAGCAACGCUUUCAUCGUCAGAGAUAGUCAUAUUUCCAAAUAUUCUAUGUACCUGGAUACCAACUUACUGCGUUCUGUAUCAAAAUCGUUAUAGUGGUUAAUUUUGAAAGUACUUUUUUUACAUGUAAAAAUGGUCUUGUUAGGUGAAACGUUUCCAAAUUUUGCAGCGGACACUCAAAUGGGCUCAAUUAACUUGCAUGAAUGGCUUGAUAAUUCGUGGGCAAUUUUGUUUUCUCAUCCAAAUGAUUUUACACCAGUAUGUACAACAGAGCUGGCUCGGGUAUUGAAAUUGAUGCCCGAAUUUGAAAAGUUGGGAGUUAAAGUUAUUGCAUUAUCAUGUAAUUCGGUAGAUUCUCACCGGAAAUGGAUAGAAGAUAUAAAAGCCUAUGCUGAAAUGACCGAUAAAGAAUUCCCAUACCCAAUAAUAGAAGAUGAAACGCGUAAACUCGCAACGUUAUUGGGAAUGUUAGAUCCUGCAGAAGUUGAUGAUCGUGGCAUACCGAUGACUGCUAGAGCAGUAUUUAUUAUUGAUCCUGCUAAAAAAAUGCGAUUAUCAAUUUUAUACCCUGCAACCACUGGAAGAAAUUUCGAUGAAAUUUUGAGAGUUAUCGAAUCGCUGCAAUUAACUGAGAAGCAUAAAGUAGCAACUCCAGUUGAUUGGAAGGCAGGUGAUCAAGUGAUGAUUCAGCCUACUGUUUCCGAUGAAGAAGCAAAAACACUGUACAAUAAUAUUAAAAUCGUACCAUUACCAUCGGGCAAACCUUACGUGCGCGUUGUGUCGCAACCGCUGUAAAAAAUAAUACUUUGCAAGAUGAGAAAUUAUUAUUUUACAAUGUAUUCUUUUAAAUUAUCAAAAUUUAUGUUUUUAAAAAUUAAAAUACAUAUAUUUGAUAAUA